AUGGAGGUUAAUGACUCUCUCCCUGAUGAUUAUGUUGUGAAACAUAGUGAUGAGGAGCUAAUGGUGUUGAAUGAUGCAAUAUUUGUGCCAUCAAGUCCUGAACCAUCCACUCCAGUUCAUGAGACUCAACAGAAUAAUGUGUGGGAAUUAGUUCCUAGACCAAAGGGAGUGAAUGUUAUUGGAACUAAGUGGAUCUUCAAGAACAAGUCAGAUGAACAUGAUGAAAUGAAGGCAAUGUUUGAAAUGAGCAUGGUUGGUGAACUAACAUAUUUCUUGGGAUUACAGGUGAAGCAAACAGAUUCAGGGAUCUACAUCAACCAAGCCAAAUACGCAAAAAAUCUUGUCAAGAAAUUUGGACUGAGCCAUGCUGCCCAUGCUAGAACACCAAUGGCCGCCAAUGCAAAACUAACAAAUGAUCCAUCGGGUGAGUCUGUUGAUGUUACACUAUACAGAAGUAUGAUUGGAUGUUUGUUAUAUUUGACUACUAGUCGGCCUGAUAUUGCAUUUAGUGUUGGUGUUUGUUCUAGAUUUCAGUCUAAUCCUAAGGUUUCACACUUAAAUGCUGUCAAAAGAAUCAUUAAAUAUGUUGCUGGAACUUGUGACUAUGGAUUAUUUUAUAGCAAAGAGUCUAAUUUGUCUCUUGCUGGUUUUUCUGAUUCUGAUUGGGCUGGUAAUGCUGAUGAUAGAAAAAGCACCACUGGUGGAUGUUUUUAUGUUGGUGCUAACCUUGUUGCCUGGAUGAGCAAAAAACAAAAUUCUGUGUCCUUGUCUACUGCCGAAGCAGAAUAUAUUGCUGCUGGAAGUUGUUGCUCACAACUUCUUUGGAUAAAAAAGGUUUUAACAGAUUAUGGGAUAUCCCAAGAUACCAUGGUGGUUUACUGUGAUAACUCUAGUGCUAUUGACAUAUCUAAGAACCCUGUUCAGCAUUUUAAGACUAAACACAUAGAGAUUAGGGGCACAAAGUGGUUAGAAACAAUUCCGGCUGAUAGAAUUGGACAACAAAGAGAACAAACAUCACAGAAGGUUAAAAUUGAUAGAUAUGCGAUUGAUGGCAGGUUGCCAAUGAGACUGUUCAGUAAUUCAAGUAAUCUUAGAGAGGAGAUUUAUGUACUCUCCGAUUAUGAAUUCAUUGUACAUCAAAAAGAAUAUAUACAGACAACAGAAUAUAUUUGUGCGUUUGUGUUGCAUUGA